AGCGAGUGAAGAGAAACGAGAGCGCAGUCAGGAAGCGAGAGGAGAGGGGGAGACUGAGGGGGAGAGGGGAGACUGAGGGGGAGAGAGGGAGUGAGAGACUGAGAGAGGGAGAGUCAGACACAGACAGACAGACACAGACAGGCGGGAGCUGCCGCUCGCUACAUUCUGAUACAAUGUGUCCGAGCGGCGUCUGAGCGCCGCCAGUCCCGGUGUCCGAGGGGCCGGAGCCGCCGCCGCUGGGAUCCGCGCUGCCGGAGCUGGUCCCCGGGCGGCAGCGGAGAUGGACGCGGGGGGAGUGGAGAAGGAUUGCAGCGCACUCGACGGCCUCUUCCAGACCAUCAUGACCGACAUGAAGGGAAGCUACCCCGUCUGGGAGGACUUCAUCUCCAAAACCACAAAGCUGCAGUCACACCUCAGGACAACGGUGGUCAUCACAGGAGCUUUCCUCGACGCCUUCCAGAAGGUGGCUGACCUGGCGACGAACACACGGGGGGCCACCAGGGAGAUUGGCUCGACUCUGACCAGGAUGUGCCUGAGGCAUCGCAGCAUCGAGUCCCGGCUCAAACAGCUCACCGCGGCGCUGACCGACAGUCUGAUUAACCCCCUGGAGCUUCGCAUCGAGGAGUGGAAGAAGAUCGCGGCCCAGCUGGACAAGGACCACACCAAAGAAUACAAGAAAGCCCGGCAAGAGAUUAAGAAGAAAUCAGGUGACACGCUGAAACUGCAGAAGAAAGUGAAGAAAGGUCGGGGCGAUGCACGGGUGCCGUUGCAGGCUGCGCUGCAGGACGUGAACGAUAAGUACGUGCAGCUGGAGGAGGCGGAGCGGCGGGCAGUGGAGCGCGCCCUGCUGGAGGAGCGGCGUCGCUUCUGUACCUUUGUCAGCCUCAUGCGGCCUGUGCUGAACGAGGAGAUGGGAAUGCUCGGGGAGCUGACACAUCUACAAACCACCCUGGAGGACCUGGGCUCACUGACUGCCGACCCCCACACUCUGCCCCCCGCCAGCCAGCAGGUGAUCCUGGACCUGAAGGCGACGGAUGAUUACUACAGCUACCACACCCCCCCCUCAUCACCCACUGGCACCCUGUCCCGUAGGGGAACCUCCAGCAGCAGCUAUUCCCUGUACCUGCCUGCGGUUGCCAGACACCCCAGCAUUCCCAGCUUUGAGCCGGUCUCUCCGGGAGCCAUGCUGCCCCCUCCCCCCCCACCAGAGACGUCUCCGUCUCCGACGACAGCCAGGACUGGCCGGCGCUCCCCCCUCCGGACUGGGCUCCCAGCGCCGGAUAUAACGGGACAACCACCAGCCCCCAGCGGGCACCGAGAGACCGCAAGCCCUGACUGGCACCGCCUACAAGGUCGCGGCGGGGGGGGCCGUUGCCGCUGUCGUUGCCGCUGGCGGGCGCAGGCGGGGAGGGGCGGCGCGGAUCCCGGGACUCACUGCCAUGUUCCAGCGGCUACAGCACCCAGACCACCACCCCUUCCUGCUCCGAGGACACCAUCCCUAUGCACCCAGCGAGGAAGGAUCAGGCACUGAUUGUGUCCGACUACGACUACCUGUCACUGCCCGGGGAGCCGGAGCUGCUGGACCAGCUGAGCUUUGACAAGUCGUCCACGAUCCCGCGGAACAGCGACUUGAGCCACAACUACCGCCGCAUGUUCCAGGGGAAGCGGCCGGC